AUGUACUUCUCGCGUCGUCGCCGUCUUCGUUUCUGCAUGAACCUCCAGCAUCACUGUCGUGAACAUCAGAGGUUCCUGGUUUCGCAGCCAAAUGGACUCUGUAACGCCGAGCCGAGGAUAGAGGCAGGUCAAGAGCGACAGGUGAAGGGACUCUCAUCCGCCAUGGGGAACAAAUCAUCGAAAAGUGUGAGCGUCGAGGAGCCCCCUAAAACAACUUUGUUUGAGAGGGAGUCAUGUGGGAUCACGUACAGGAUUCCAGCUCUGCUCUACCUGAGGCACUGUCACACAUUCCUCGCCUUUGCAGAGAAAAGAAGCUCCUUUCAUGACCACGACGCCAAACGUCUGGUUAUGAGAAGAGGAUUGCUCCAAGAGGAUGGACCUGUUCAGUGGUCGUCGAGUCAGGAGAUUUCCACUGCAUUUUUGCCAAACCACCGCACAAUGAAUCCCUGUCCUGUGUAUGAGAAAAACAGCAAGACACUCUUCCUGUUUUUCAUCUGCAUAUGGGAAAACACCACAGAAAUAAAGCAGAUUAUCACAGGUAAGAACAAGGCCCGUCUUUGCUGCGUGCGCAGCAGCGACGACGGGCAAACCUGGAGCCCGGCUAUGGACCUUACAGAGAGUGUGAUCGGGAGUGCCAUACACAAAUGGGCCACUUUUGCGGUCGGGCCUGGCCACGGCGUUCAGUUGGAGAACGGCAGGUUGAUCAUUCCUGCGUACGCCUACUACAUCCCAUAUAGAUGCUGUUCCUAUCCACUUCCUUGUACGGUGUAUCCACGCGCUCUGUCGAUAUACAGCGAGGACUUUGGACAGACGUGGCGAAUCGGGAAGAUGCUUCAAAAGAAGUCGUGUGAAUGUGAAAUGGCGGAGAUCAUCGACCACGAGGGAAGGAGCCACCUUUACUGCAACGCCCGGCACACGGGGGGCCACAGAUGUGAAGCCCUGAGCGAAAACAGCGGCGUCUACUUCGAUAAGCCCCACAUGGCCAGGGAGCUCGUCGAGCAACCCUCGGGUUGCCAGGGCAGCGUCAUCGGUUUCCCCGCCCCCGAAUUCGUCCCCAACGACGACGCCGAGAGCAAGGCCUGCGGCACAUCGCUCCUCUCACCAGACACUCAAACCUGGCUCCUGUUCAUGCACCCGACCAACAAGUCCGACCGGCGGGACAUGGGCGUGUACUUGAACCGAUCCCCCUUGCACUCGUCCGGGUGGGACCGACCCAGGAUCAUCCACCGGGGGCCGAGCGGUUACUCGGACCUGGCCUACAAUGUGGACAAGGAUCAGUUCUCCUGCCUGAUGGAGUGCGGGAAGGAAAGCGAACUGGAGCAAAUUGCCUUCAUGACCUUUUCCCUCAAUGAUGUCAUGCAGACAGGUGAUAAGAAAGAGAAGAAGAUGGUCUGAAUUUGGGCCAUUAUUGACAGAGAUCUCCUUAUACUAUCCCACCACUAGAAGAAAUCCAAUCAAAACACCCCUGACGUGCUGUGCUGUAACAUUCAUCUGUGUUUACUACUGUUUUGCAUUAUGGAGAUGGUAAUGCAUGCAUGAGUCAUGUGUUUUCUGGUCUCCCUGAGUGAAGUAAGUCUUAUUAUAAUUAUGCAAGAGCAUAGGGUUAUUUUUAAUAGGUUAUGUGGUUCAUUUACGCAUGCUGUGUUUGAAGUGUCAUUUUUAAAGCUGGUGUUGUGUGUGGCAUGUUUGAUGAGCACUUCAAAGCCGUUCCAGCAUCUUAUUGAAGUGUCACUUUUUCUUUUCAGCAAAGUUAGCCUACCUCUUUAUUUUCUUAUGAAGAUCAUAGUCCGCAGAUUUCCCUCCAUACAGUCCUCUCCUUUACAUUUAGUAUACUCUAAUUCACAUAUGCCUUCUGCUGUAUUGUUUCAUAUGGAAGCUGUGCAGCAGCAUCGUCAAUAGAUUGCCUGUGAAGGUCACAGGGAGGGUCAUAAAGCUGUCAAUAAAAUAGGAGAGGGGAGGCAAACAUCUGACAAGCAGUUCAUUACUGAUGAGACCAAACAUGCUGAACCACAUAUGCGAGUUGUUUUUUUUUAUUUGAUUUUUUUAUUGGAGCAGCUCAUUCAGCUGAACUCUUAGAAUCAGUCUUAUUUUAGAUUAUCACUUGGAGAUUGAAGUUUGCCUUUGUAUGAUUGUUUAAGUAUAAUGAAGCUGUAAAGAGCAUAUAUAGGCUUUUUUUCACUUUUUUCCUUUCCAAUAAUGUUCUGGCUUUUAGCCCAUGAGCUAUAAUUUUUAUGUUCUUUAAAGAAAUAUUUUAAAAAGGAAGAAAAAAAAGGGAAGAUGCUGAUCACUUGGCAGCUGUGAGAACUGAAAGUUAUUGAUUAACAAAAUGGCUUCCGGAUUGAAUUUCAGCUGAAAAAGGAAAAGAUGUAUAUUCCAGAAAAUUUGGGAGAGCUAGGAAACCUAAUAAACCAGCACCCUAAGCAUGGAUUUAAGUGCUCUGUGGUGAGCCCAGUAUGUUUUCAAUACUCCACAGUAGUGGAAUAAUCGCUAGAGUUAGCAGUUGCUCUGUCCCUAAAGACGUGUAGCACAGGGAGGGGAAGUUAAGCUGCUGAUAGACACUCAGUCUGUCGCUGCAGUGAAACACAUGUUCAUUUAGCUCAGACACAGAGAAAAAAAAUGACCGAAAAUGCAGGACGACAGUUUAGAGAGAGCUGUUUUUCUCUAUGUCAGUGGAGGUCUUGCUCUGAGAGGACAAGUAAAUAGUAAAAAGCACUUUUUUUAUCUGAUAAACUUUAUGCUCACAAACAACUGCAGUCACCAUAAGUUUUUUAAUGUUUUUUUUUGUGCAUGAAACAAACAGAUGGCACAUCAUCAUCCAUCUGUUGUACUCAUUUUCUGUUUUUAAGACAUGCAACUACAGCGCUAUUAAGUUUUAUCGCUUUUACAUUUUUCUAUCUGAUUUAAAACAAUAACAUGCAAUAAUUAUUGUUCUCAUAAGGUAUGAUAUCUUCCCUUUAAGCUUCUGAAAUUCUGUUAUGAAUUUGUACCUGGAGCUGGAGAAGAACUGCUGAAAUUCAUGUUUUAGGUGUUGCACUUCUACUGAAAAGAAAAAAUGUAGUUAUUUACUGGAUAAAAAAGAAACGGAUGCAUUAUUUGUUUUUGUACAUCAAAAUGAUGAAGUGUAUUUUAUAGUUUCAGCUACACUGAAUAAUAGACUGUUUACAUGUGAGUUAAAGACUGUCAUGGUGAAAACAGCUCAGUGUUGCACUUAUGAUGGGUUAGUAGAAACUGGAUAAGAAAAUGUAACUAGUACAGUUUGGCCUGAAAUCAGAUCUUUAAAGCUUUCUCAAUAUUUAUUAAUACGCCUCAUAAAAGAUGUGUAAAAAGUCUUGAAAGUUAGUUCUAGCUGUAUAUGCAGGACGGUUCAUUUAUUAAAGCUCACAUCAGAUAUAUUGGGAUGGUGUGAACGUAUAGAACAAUGGAGAAUAAUGACAGGAUUGAUGCAGCAACGGGAUCAGUGAUGAAUUUUACUCAUAUUUUUAUUAGCGCGGACAUUAUGUUGAUAAUUUGAUGACUGUUAAAAGAAGAGAUUGGAUAAACUUCCAAAUGUAAUUUUUAUUCUGGGAAAUUAUUCACAGCAAGAAUUCAGUUAAAUCUGAGUUAAAUGCCAACAACUGGACCUUCUCUCAGAAUAAAAAAAAUAUAUAUAUUUAUUUGCUUAUUGUAAUUAUUGCUGUGAUUCAGGCUAAAAUGUUCUUCCAACCAUUAUUUUGAAGUUAUAGUUGUUAUUCUUGAUGAUGAACUGCCUUCAACUCAGAUUAUUUAUGGUCAUGACUGACAGGGAAAACUUCUAUGUCUCUAAAUUUGACAUAGAAGAAUUAAGUGCUGCUUAUUUAUGAUGUUGCCAAAAAGCAAAAAAUCUCAAACAUUUUUUUUAUUUUUUGUCAAAAUGUAAACGCUGCUUAUAUUUCCAUCUGUGGCAACUGCCAAAAAGUUUCUCUACAUUUAUUAUUUGAAACCAAACACAUAUGCUAAUUUCAGCUGAUCACAUCAGAUGAAAAUAAAUUAAUUGAGCUUUAAUAUUUAUUUCUAAAGCGGUACUUUAUUAAUUCCUUGCACAUUGAACAUGAUUUUGUGAACAGGCCUUUUUUUUUCCAGGCUGAAUAUGUAAAUAUGUGCAGGACUGUGAUUCAAUAAGCUCGGUUCUCUGCAGUAAAACUCGUAACAGCAGACGGAGACUCACUGUUUGUAGAAGCCACUCAGCAUUUGCACAAAACAAAAUACUGUACCAACUUUAACAUCUCAUUUGCCUGUCGUCGUGAGGCAAAGCGCCUCCAGGUUGUUUCCUUGUUUCUGUUGGCUGUUGUGAAAAGUGAUUAAAAACCUGCAUGGAAUGUGUAUUUUAGUAGAAAAUAAAAUUAACUUGUGAGCAACUGGUU